AUGCAGGCCCUACUCAAGCCAACAUACAACUUCUUGGACCUUCUUCCCAACGAUGACCCGAUAGUGGAGCUCUUUUGUUUCGGAACGUACUCCGACUACCUCAAGCAUAAAAAGCACUAUGAGCCCAUUGGCCAGUCAAGGGAACUCCUCACAAAACUCAUCAAGCUCACAAUUCUCACCAUGGUACAAGAUAACGAGGGCCAGACGGUACCUGCUGCUGGUAUCUUGCGGCAGUACAAUCUCGAUGUUGCAACCGACAAAUUGGCGUCAUUGACGGGCCAAAACAAGAGUUUCGUGAUAGAGGAGAUCCUAAUGGCCAUGAUUGACGAAGAGAGCGUGGAUGUGCACAUUGAUGAUGAAUAUGAGUCGUGGCAUCUCAACAUGGCCCAUACUCUCCGUGAUUCGUACGAUCCAAGCGUGCAUAAGUUGGUGGUAUUGCAAGAAAAAGACAUCUUGACGCGAUCGUUGGACCAGGCAACCCACAACAUCAGGACUUGGCACCAGGAGAGGUUAAACCCCACCAGUGCCUCGCUACAACGGGGUCUCGCCAGUCCUAACUCAAGGAAACGAAAGACUCCCGACAACUGUGUGUAA